GGCGGGCUGGCAGUCUGAACUCAACGCCGCUUUGAAGUAACUUCGCCUCCCGCGACUGAGCUCAGAAGAAGACGCCCGUCAUGACCCACCAGGCCUGGGACCGGCCGCUCGUCCUAGAGCGCGUGGAGAAGGACGCGGCGCCGGGCUGGCGCUCGGUCGCCACGCGGCGCCUGAAGAAGCACUGCGCCUGCUCGCCGGAGAAGGCCAAGGCCAAGGUCCUGGGCUUCGUGCCGAUCCUGGCGUGGCUGCCGCGCUACCGGCUGCGCGAGUGGCUGCUGGGCGACGCCAUGUCGGGGCUGAUCGUGGGGGUCCUGCUGGUGCCCCAGUCCAUCGCCUACUCCCUGCUGGCCAGCCAGGACCCCAUCUACGGCCUCUACACCUCCUUCUUCACCUCCAUCAUCUACGCCAUCUUCGGCACGUCCCGGCACAUCUCGGCGGGGGUCUUCGGGGUGCUCUGCCUGCUCGUGGGUCAGGUCGUGGAUCGGGAAUUGGCUCUGGCCGGAUACCCGGAGAGCGGCGGCGGCGGCGGCGGCAACGGGAGCGCCGCCCUGCUGGCCGCUCUGGGGAACGGCAGCGUCGAGGCGGGAUGCGACCGCAGCUGCUACGCCAUCGUGGUGGGAGCCACGGUGACCUUCACCGCCGGCGUCUACCAGGUGCUGAUGGGCGUGUUCCAGGUGGGCUUCGUCUCGGUCUACCUGUCCAACUCGCUCCUGGACGGCUUCGCCACCGGCGCCUCGCUGACCAUCUUCACGUCGCAGUUCAAGUACCUGCUGGGCCUGAAGCUGCCGCGGCCGCGCGGCUGGUUCGUGCUCUUCAAGACGUGGUACGGCCUGCUGGGCGGCCUGGGCGCCACCAACCUGUGCGACCUGGUGACCAGCCUGGUGUGUCUGCUGGUGCUGCUGCCGGCCAAGGAGAUCAACAACCGCUUCAAGGCCAAGCUGAAGGCCCCGAUCCCCUUCGAGCUCUUCGUGGUUGUCAUAGCGACGCUGGCGUCCCACUACGGCCGCUUCAACGAGGACUUCGGCUCCGACGUGUCGGGCGCCAUCCCCACGGGCUUCAUGGCGCCGCAGCUGCCGCUGUGGUCGCUGAUCCCCGACGUGGCGGUCGACGCCUUCUCCAUCGCCAUCGUGGCCUUCGCCAUCACCGUGUCGCUGUCGGAGAUGUUCGCCAAGAAGCACGGCUACAAGGUGGACGCCAACCAGGAGAUGUACGCCAUCGGCCUCUGCAACGUCGUGCCGGCGUUCUUCCGCUGCUUCGCCAGCAGCGCGGCGCUCACCAAGACGCUGGUCAAGGAGUCCACGGGCUGCCAGACGCAGGUGUCGGGCCUGGUCAGCGCCCUGGUGCUGCUGCUGGUGCUGCUGCUCAUCGCGCCGCUCUUCUACUCCCUCCAGAAGUGCGUGCUGGCCGUCAUCAUCCUGGUCAACCUCCGCGGCGCCCUGUGCAAGUUCCUCGACGUGCCCGCCAUGUGGCGCGCGGACCGCGUGGACGCCUCCAUCUGGCUGGUCACCAUGGCGACCUCGGCGUUCGUCAGCACGGAGCUGGGCCUGCUCGUCGGGGUCUUGGUGUCCGCCGUGAGCGUCCUGGGCCGCACCCAGCAGGCCCGCGUGCUGGAGCUGGGCCGGGCGGCGGGCGCCGGCGAGCACUACGAGGACGUGGCGUCGUUCCGCGGCCUGCGGACGCGCCCCGACGUGGCCGUGUUCCGCUACGCCGCCCCCAUCUACUACGCCAACCAGAGCAUGUUCAAGAAGUCGCUCUACAAGCGCGUCGGCCUGGACCCCGGGCAGGAGAGGGAGCAGCUGGUGAAGUUCAGGAAGAGGAACAAAGAGGAGGAGGAGGAGGAGGAGGUGGAGGUGGUGGUCGUCCCAACACCGGAGGCGGCGGGUAAAGAGGUCGUCUCCCCGAUGCGCGGCGGGAAACGCCCGAGCCUCCGCAGCCUGGUGAUCGACUGCGGCGCCAUCUUGUUCCUGGACACCGCCGGCGUGGACGCCCUGAAGGAGGUCCGCAAGGACUACGGCGAGCUCGGCAUCACGGUGGUCCUGGCCCGGUGCAACACCUCGGUGCUGGACUCGCUGGAAAGGGGCGGGUACUACCCCGAAGGAGAAGACGGCGUCCUCUUCUUCACCAUCGAGGAUGCCGUCCGCUACGUCGAAAGAAGCCCCGCCCCCGACGGAGAGUGAUCUCUCCGGAUCUCUACGUUUACACGUGUGCAGCUGUCCAUAAUGAAGAAGAAGAAGAAACCUGACAGUUGUUACCCAUAAUGCCUUGUGGCGCUCCAGCCACUGCUGAAGAACAGGAAUCGCGCUUCGAGUAUUUAUUUGACGCGGUUUCGGCACAACGCCGUCUUCUGGAAAUCGUCUCCAGUCGUCGGCAUAGAAACGAACCAAAGAACUGAGCCCGGUCAUGUUUUGGUCCAGACACCCAAAAGUCUCCUAAACUAUAUAUUUAUAUAUAUUUUCUUCAUAGUUCCGUCCUAACAUUAAGAUGUGCCUUGUCUGUAGUAGUUUUACUGUAUCACACAGUACACUUGUUAACGUUUUUGAGUGGCCGUAAAAAACUUUCGUUUAAUUUCACGACAGGAACCGAAGUUCACUGAAAAUUAUUUUAUUUAGAGCUAUCACUGAUUUGGGAUUUUGGGGGAAUUUUUAGCUAUUUUUUUGGGGGGGUGGAGUUAUUUUAGGAACAGGAGGGCUUCCUUUUUUAUUUUUUUAUAUACAUAUAUAUAUGUGUGUGUGUGUAUGUGUGUAUAUAUAAACAUAUAUGUGUGGAUAUAUAUGUUUAUAUAUAUAUAUAUAUACUCAGUUUUACCCAUAAUGCCUUGUGGUGCUCCAUCCACUACUGAAGAACAGGAAUCGAGUAUUUCACGGGACAAUUCUGUCUUCCGGAAAUCGUCUCCAGUCGUCGGCAUAGAAACGAACCAAAGAACUGAACCUGACGACCUUUUAGAUCAAAAGUCUCCUUAACUAUAUAUUUAUGUAUAUUUUAUUCAUAUUUCUGUCUUAACAUUAAGAUGUGCCUUGACUGUAGUUUUACUGUAUCACACAGAGUUUAUUUAGAACUCUGUCACUGAUUUGGGGGAAUUUUUAGCUAUUUUUGGGGGGGUGGAGUUAUGCCGUUAUGAGUUCUUCCUUUUUAAAUAUAUAUAUUUAUAUAUUAAACAUUUAUUUUUUCUUUAAUACCCACGCUUAUGAACGCCCCUGAUCGCGGUCCAUAACCCAUGUCCCGUUACUUUGUGCGUGGUCGUGUUCACGAAGCUGUGCGAUGACCUCUGGCUGUGGGGGUCGCGGUCCGGGGUCUUUCGCUUGUCGGCGGCCUCGAUGGAUCCAAACUGCAACGUUUCCACAUCCGGUGGACCGUAUGUUUAUGUUUUUCCAUUUCCGACUCUCCGUCGUCAUGCUACCUUUUCUCUAAAGUUCUCCCCUGAGAACAAAGGUCGUGUUUUAAAGAUGAAGGGUCGCUCCUUUUUUUUGGAACAGAAUGCCUCUUUUUAUUAUUCAACAUCUUCGUGUGGGAGCUGGCGGAUCACUCUGAUGCAGGCCCAACAUGUUUACCUCCAUGUUUGUUGAGGGCGACGCCUUCACGGCCGUUACUGUAGCUUUAAAUGCAUCACUGACAGCUGUGUGACGAAUGGGGGCGAAGGUUGAGACGAAGGAAAAAAGCUUUUCUGCAGAAAUCGGCUUUAAACUAACGAGAGUCUUCGAGGGGAAGAGCCAGAAUGCCAUUUAGUAAAAAAUAUUUGUAAUAAUGGAGGCGUUCAUUUCUAUUCGUCUAAUCGAGGAACGCUCCGCCUCGGCUCGAUGACGAAAAAAUAACAACAAUGCACCUGCAGGAAGUCGAGCCGCCGGCUGAUGAAGACGAGGGUCAACAACGGGGUCAACAUUGACUUUAGCAAAUGAUGUGUGAGCGCACGAUGUCACGCCGAACGUAAACUUUAAAAAAUUUCCAAUAUUGACGUUGGCGUCUCGGGGGAAGCUCGCCAAACGGCCGCGUCGCUGCGGGAGCUUCUGGUCACAUGACCAUAAGGGAUGAAGACCUGCUGGACGAACUCCGUGUUUCAGUUGUUUUAAAAAGUGGUCUUCUUUAAACCGUUUACAUUCAGCGUUUACUAUAUCAAUCAAAGUGAAUUACAGGAUUACGCAAUAGUUUCGUAUACAUUUAUGAAUGGGUUUUAAAAUGUAUGCAAGAUAAGUCCAGCCCCCUUUUUUACUGGCAUGUUUGACGUGUGUUGCCUUAAAUCUGUGGUUCAGUCUGUUAAAUUAUAUAUAUAUAUAUUAGUACUCCUUGUGGCUGUAACUUGACCUCAGCUGAUAUCCGAUGUAGAUCAGAGGUGACGUGAAACUGAAGUUGCACAAUUCGUCUUCAGUCGUCUUAUCAUUUUUCAUGAGUCUCCAGCAUUUCUCUGUGAAUGGUUAUAUGCAUAUCGGUGUGUGUGUGUGUAUACAUGUAUAUCAGUAAAAGGAUCAUAUGCCUGUCCAGCUGUUGCAUAUUUUGAUCCCGUCAGCCAAUGAAAUGAUCCGUCUGCUUUACUGAAUUUAUUUGUACAAUAUAUUAUAAUUUUCUAUCCAUGUCGGCCACGAGUAAAACACACAGCAGCAUGUUAUUAAAUGUUCUCUCUCUCUC